ACCGAGCGGCGCUAUGGCAAGUCCAUGGAUCUACUUCUGUUCGGAGCCCCCAAGCUGGCCGCCAAGCUGCGCAUGAAGGCGACUGUCCAGAAGGUCGAGGACUUUUACAUGAACAUCAUCCGGGACACUGUUGAUUAUCGCGUGAAGAACAAUGUGAAGAGAAACGAUUUCGUGGAUAUGUUGAUUGAAAUGAAAUUGAAAUACGAUAAUGGGGAUAAGGCAAAUGGGCUGACCUUUAAUGAAAUCGCUGCCCAGGCGUUCAUAUUCUUCUUGGCUGGGUUCGAGACCAGUUCGACCACAAUGGGAUUUGCUCUUUAUGAGCUGGCCUGCCACCAGGAUAUUCAGGAUUAACUUAGAACCGAAAUUGAUACAAUCCUGAAAAAACAUAAUGGGAAACUGGAUUACGACAGCAUGCGAGAGAUGACUUAUUUGGAAAAGGUCAUCGAUGAGACCAUGAGGAAACGUCCUGUCGUCGGUCAUUUACUCCGCGUUGCAACUCAAAACUACCAACAUACCAAUCCAAAAUAUAACAUUGAAAAAGGAACUGGAGUGGUCAUACCCACACUGGCUAUACAACACGAUCCAGAGUUUUAUCCAGAGCCCGAGAAGUUUAUUCCAGAGCGUUUUGAUGAGGAUCAGGUGCAACAGCGUCCUCCCUGCACUUUCCUGCCCUUUGGUGAUGGUCCUAGGAACUGCAUCGGUCUUCGAUUCGGACGGAUGCAGGUCAUCAUUGGCAUGGCCUUGUUAAUCCACAACUUCAAGUUUGAGUUUCAUCCCACCAAAACUGUCGUUCCUUUAGAAUAUAGGACCGAUGAUAUUCUACUGAGCGCCAAGGGCGGAAUUCACCUGAAAGUCAGUAGAGUGUGAAAGCUAUAAAGAUAAUUCAUGAAUUAUUCGGUUAAAGCUUUGUUCUUGCGACGUAAAUGCUAAUACUAAUACUUGAUUGAAUUGAAUACUUUUAAAUUAAAUUAAAGCGUUAAGAUAGUUUUUCACAUGCACUAAAUUAUACCUUUUGUGCAAACGUUUUUUAAUUGGUGAAUUAGUUUGUAUAUUUUGAUGUAGCUUAGUUUAAGGUUUCAAAAGAAAGGUUUUGAAUCGUAACAAUGACAUAUUUAUUAAAUAAAUUUACAUCUAAAAUGAG